AAGUUUUCAUUCUCGAAGGUUUUCCUCCGCAAGUAACACCGUCUUUUGUGUUGUUCCGCCGUGUGUAGUGGGGGCUGCUUUUCCUUGAGAAUAAUAAAGUGGGAUUUUUUUUUGGUUCUGCCUUAAGGCAUUGCGUAAAUAAAUUAGUGAGAAAUCUUGUUGUGCGCUGUGGAAUAAUAUUGCAAAAUUGGUAUUCGGAGAAAAAAAAAUUGUGUCGAUUUUUGGUUUGUUAGUGCAUUAUUGGCAGUGAGCACCCAGCUGAAGUGUGGCCCCAUUUUGUAGUGCUAGAAGUUGGAGGUCUAUUUUCGAGUCACCAGAAAGGGGAAGAAAAAAGAGUUGAAAGGUUCAGAAAUAUGCACCAGAAAGGCGAUCCAUCUGCGUGGAAGUGUUUUCGUCGUCGUUGCGUAAAUUUGGUUACCCAAUUUGCAGCUUUAUCGUCGAACUGAAAAUAGUUCUGUGUCUGUGCCAUCCAUCCAAUUUUCCCGUGUUUGGUCCCUCAUACAAGUAAGGCAGUCGUCAGCUCAGCAGCCAUGAUUGUUGUGAUUGGGGCGAAGAUGGAAGAAUGUGUGUAAAUUAAUGCUCCUAACGGGAGCAUAGUCGUGGCUGCUACUGCAGUGUGAAUAAUAAGAAAGUGUAAAAACUUCCGUGCCGCAAAAGAAGAUUUUUUUUUACUGAACAAUAAAAGUGAUCCACCAAAAGUAAUACGGAAUAAAAAGUGCGAAGAAAAAAAAAAGAACAGUGCAAUUUCGUGUCCUUGAGAGCAGGGUGCAGAAAAAGUUGAAGUAAUCUCAAGUGGAACGAAGAACAAUAGGCGAAAAAACACUCACAUUCGUGCACAGAUCGGAGCAAGGACACAUCGGUCGGUGUGGUAACGGCACAGUCAGCCAUCGGCAUUAAGUUCAGCAGACGGCAGAGUCUGUGCUACCAUCGGGUAUAGGAGCACACUAUCUAAAUUAACCGGGUGAAGCUGUUCUUUGGAAUUCGGAGAGUACAGGAACCGAAAAUCGGGAAAAGAUGGAGCCAGUGACAACCGGAACGAUAUUUCGGUUGACGCAGUAUUAGGGGAGUGCAUUUGAGGUUUCGCCGGUGUGCCGAAAAAGAUGCAUUGCCUGUUCCAGUCGCCGUCGAGUAUCGCAAUUUGUACUAAACCUAAAUGGAGCAACUGUCGUCCGAACAAGCCGCCAACGAGUAAAAAGAUUGUCUCCACCGAGCAAGCCGCAAACGAUACUUUUAGCAGAAAAGCAUUCCAACUGCAGCCAUCAGUAUGGCCCGAUGUCCGCAGGUCGUCCUGAUAUUAACCGUGUUGCUCCUCAUUGUACGUGUAGCGGAUCAGACAAAAUGUGCCCUAACGUCGAGCUACGGCAGCUUCGGCAGCAGCUUCAACACGCCCCUGUCCGAUGGAGGCAGCGGCGUGCCCGAAGCACAACUUUCAUCCGAAUAUCCAACUUACAAUGAUGACAGUGAAGAUGUAAAUAGUUUUCUUAAAGUAUUAAGCUGUUCCGAUACGGGACUGCGGGCGAUCAAUGAAGACUAUCUGCGACCGGUAAACUCCUACAAGGGGGUACUGCUUGAACGCGUCCCCGUGGAGUAUCCGGAAAGUGAUCACCUGGCGUUUAAAAAUGAAAACUACCUGGAGGUGGUGCAAUGGCGUGACAGUAACGUCACGGAAAAGCAGCUAGAGUUGACGUUCGCUAGGGAGGAGAAGAAAUUCACCAACUUACUAGUGCUAGAUUUAAGCGGAAACAGCCUUAGCAGCAUAAGGCGAGAUUAUUUUAGUAAACUAGACAGAUUGAAGCUGUUGAAACUAUCCGAGAAUCAAUUAUCCAACCUUCCAAGUGAUAUUUUCUAUGACUUAAUAAACUUAGAAGAGUUGCAGCUGCAGCAGAACAAACUGGUCGAGAUUGUACAGGGUCAGCUCCGGCCACUGAGCAGGUUGCGGAUGCUGAACCUUUCGAACAAUACCAUUCACGAUCUUCCACGGAACAUUUUCAGCGGACUGAACAACCUUACCGAGCUGUACAUGUCCAACAAUCGGCUGUACGUGGUGCCAUUUCAGAUCUUCAAAGAGCUACGCGCAUUGGAAAUACUAGAUGUUUCCAAAAAUAUGCUCGUUUCGUUCCUGGAUAAUUUCUUUCUCGCUAACAAACAGCUACGCGUUCUAAGACUGAAUAACAAUAUCAUCGAGAAGAUCUCGAAGAAUGCCCUGUAUGGCCUUAGGAAACUUCAAAUUUUGGAUCUCUCCUCAAACAAGCUGGUAUUCAUCGAUCGAAAUGCCUUCGAUACGCUGGAAGAUCUGAGACACCUGAACAUCUCCAAUAAUCAAAUUUAUAUCCUUCCUUCAAUGGUAUUCUCCGCGUUGAAGAGUGUCCUAUCUAUUAAUCUGAGCAACAAUGUGAUGCGAACGUUACCAAACGCAAUAUUUGCCGGCCAGUUCAAGCUGGAGCGGCUAUAUCUGGAUGGCACCAAUCUGGAAUCGCUUAGCAACUGGGUUUCGCGUCACAACAAUACAAUCAACAAGGAAAUCCUUCGCAAUCUACGCUACUUAUCGAUCCGCAACAAUACCCGUCUGAAGGAGAUUGAACCGUGCGUGUUUCGAAACGUCCCGCACCUGGAAACGCUACUGUUGUCCAACAAUAGACUGACAAGCCUGCCGAAGGAGAUCGGCGAGCUAACGAAACUGCGAUACCUAGACGUCGCCAACAACGACAUCAUGUACAUCCCGGAGCAGAUCCGGAACCUGCACAAGCUGCAGCAAGCAAAUUUCCUAAACAAUGACUACGGUUGUGACUGUCACAUGUACUGGAUCCUGAGCUGGAUCGAUGAACUGCAAGCGGAGAACAAUACCCAGAAGAUCUACGAUCUGCUGAGUCUGUCGCAGCUCAAGUGCCGCAAUGGCUACCCGGGUGACAUCAUCCGAGUGUUGCAGCAUAUCAAUUGCUUCAAACCUGAACUACUAGAAUCAUCGGAUAGUAAGAUGCACUUGCUCAAGUCGGAUGCCGUGCUGGAGUGUGUGUUCACCGGGAAUCCCCCACCAGAUAUCAUUUGGAUUACGCCGACGAACGAAAUCCUGCGGCAUAGUCAAGACCACGAUCAGAAGUCGUUGCUGUUUGAAUCAUCGAGUGAAACUAUGUCGCACAAGUACCAACAGGCGGUGGAGUUCCAGAUACUCACGGCGGACAACCUAACUGGUGACGGGGCGCUGCGGGAUAACAUCGGCAUGGGUAUAACGUUGCUGGAGAAUGGCUUUUUGAGAAUACACAACAUCUCCCGGAGGGACAGCGGAUUGUACACGUGCUACGCCCUCAAUAUAAUGGGAAAUGCCACCGCAGGAAUAAGACUAUACAUCGACCCCAUCGUGUUCUACCGUGUGAAGAUUGGCAGCAUCAUUACCGGGGCCAUCUCAGCCGCAAUGUUCCUAGCGCUGACGCUGAUCUUCCAGGGUAUCCGCCGGGUGUUCAUCCGAUUCCGCAUCAUCGAUCUGAUCUGCCAGAACUGCUGCAGCUACUGCUACCGAAGCGACAAGAAUUCCUCCAAGGCACGGCAAAUCUACGCAAUGCUGGACAACAUCGAACACUACAAGAGCCAACAGUUGGAGCGGCUGCGAGAGAAUUACACUCAACAGGUCCACCGCAUCAAGGAUAACUGCACCCAGCAGGUCGAGUGGAUUCAGGAUGGCUACAGUACCCAAGCCAAACAUUUACGAGAGAUCCGUGACAUCGGUACGCACCAUCUGACGACGCUGAGGGAUCAAUAUUACGAUCAGGUGCGACGUGUCCGGGACUAUUCGACUAGCCAGCUGAACUGGGUCCGGGAGAAUUACGUUUUCCAGCGCAACAAGAUCCGCAAGUUCAGUGCCCACCAGGCGCUGAGGCUUCGUGAGGGCUACAAGUACCAGCAGCAGACGCUGAACAAGGUCCUGGAAAAUCUGCCCAGUUUCUACUUUGAGAACUGCCGGGGCCGCAACGAGGACGAUGAGGAUUUUGAAGGUUUCGAGGUCUACCUGAAGGCUAAAAUCGAAAAGCUCUCGCAAAUGGAUCCCGCUGCUGCGGCGGCUGCUGUUGCUGCCGUUGCUGCGGCAGCCAAUGCAGGUAGCACCAGCAAAUACGGCUUUCCGGCACUGAUGAGCAAAUACAAUCUGGAAAAUUACUCGACCAAAAGCAUCGACGAAAGCAAAGCGUCCGUAUACUUUACUCCGAACGAUGGUCACCUGAGUCCGGAGCCGCCGCUACAGCUGCAAGUGUCGCCAAUUCAUAUCAACUACAUCAACGACUGCACGAUGGGGGAGAGCUCUGGGAUGUCCGCUCUGGGAUUUCUUGGCGGAGAUACACCCAAGUCGUUUAAAUCGGCCUUGGGUGGUGCUGCAGGUGGGAGCGGUAUACUUCCAAUCGGGGGUGAUGGGAUGGUGGUAAGGUCGAUUCUGAAACCACCGGGUAAAUUCGUGUAUGAUAGGAAUCUUCAAAAGUAUCGAAUGUGUUAUCAACCGAAUAGGUUGAGUGGGGGUUACGUUGGGGACGAGAUGGAUGAAAGUAUAAAGUAUGAGUGCUACAACGAUGCGUUGGAGGGCGGUGACUCGUGUGACGACGAGGGCAACUAUAGUCUGAAGCAUACAAGAAAGCACAAGAGAAAGAGAAAAGCAGUCGGCAAGCCGGCGGGAGGGAAGCAACUGUGCGAGUAUGAGACUUUGCUGAUGAAGAAUUUGAGUUGUGAUCCGAAGGAGGGCCAUUACAAAAUUAUUCAUAUUAAUAAACUGGGUGGGGGAGUUGGAGGUGGUCCGGUGGGAAGUGGUUGGACGGCUGGUCGAGCAAUCAACAGGAAGAAGCUUCCGAACAAUAGCGAUUACUACAACUCGCUGGAGGAUAUGAUUCAGGAUAAUAACGAAAAAAUUCGCAAGCUGAUAUACGAUUCUAAAAUUGACAUUAUGAACGAGGUGAUAACAGGGAGUAAUAGUAGAGAUAAGGUUAGCAGUAGUAACAGUACGAAUUGUAGGAGUAAUAUGCACUUUGAAAACAGGGAAACAGAGCGAUUGAACCGCUCAUCGGUGGCGGUAGAUGUGAUGGUUCGUCAAAACGUUCCAACGAUGGCGAAUGCCGUCGCUCGGAGCAAUAGCAAUAGCAGUAGUAAUAACAACAGUCAAAUGAACAGUGGCUGCGACAGUCGGGAUUCACCCUCGACUACUCAAAACCUCAACUACCACCAGCCUUUGAAGAAAAUUCACAAGCUUCACUUCGAUUCCAGUACAAACCGUAUCCAGCAGAGCACUAGUCUGCCGGAGAUCUGCUUUGGUUGUUCCCCGUCUAGCUCCAGUUCGACGCUGAUGCAUAACUCGGCCAUGGUCGGUCAGCCGUCGAAUGCUCUCACCGCGGCCUCCAACAAAUCCUCCAACCAGUCAAUCGUUCAGCAGCAGACCCUGUCGUCGGCUUCAUCAAUCAACUCCAACGUAGCUCAUCCAGCUCUCCCUCCGAAUUCCUAUCAUCAGCCAAAAGUGCACGGUAAACAUGUGAUCUUGGCGGUGGAAAACCAUGGCCACGGCGACGACUCGUCCGUGCCACCAUCGCCAAAACCUGACGCCAGCAAGUAAAUAGUCCCCAUCUCGCCAGCAUGUCGCGUCGUCGUUGAAUGCAUACGAUCAAACAUCUUUCAUCUUUUCACUACACUUUUGUCUACUGCAACAGUAUAUCUAGAGAUAGUGCAGAAGCAACAUUCAAAUUCACAUACAACACUAUACAGUAGGUACCACUGCAAUUAUUUUUUUUUUCCGUUAACCAACCAUGAGAUACACCGUACAGUUAUCUAGCUUUUUUUUUUAAAUAUAUAUAAAUCCAUGCUUCUAUCAUUAGGUUUCCUCUGUAAAUAAAUCUAAAAUAUAUACAUAACCCCCGUUUGUAUACCGUUGAACUAUUUAAUAUGCGCAAAUAGCAGUUGAUUACGAUUCAUCACACUAAUAGGGUCAGUGGAAAUUCGCAUUGAUGUUAUAGAAAUAAAAAUACGAACCUAAACCUGACGAUAAUCAUAGAAAAUAUUUAAAAUUUGUAAUAUUAACCAAACUUUUGGGCAAAUUGAUUCGAAAAAAGUGAAGAAAAAUGUGAACUGUUGUGGGAACUUGUACCCUUCUUGAGUAAUAAUUUUAAGAAAGCAGAUUGUUCAUUCGGGUGCGGCUUGUUUUCAUAUUUUCUGAACUUUUUAAGGAAUGCUUUUUUUUCACGGCUCAAGAUAGUCGGAAAGCGGAACAGAAUCAGAAGUCCUUGGAACAGUUGAACCACUUUUCAUCGCUAUAAUUCGGUGGUCGCCUUCAAUAUCGAGUUAGGGAGAGUUGGCUGUUAUUAAUAAGUCACUUCAUAAGCCAUUUGAAAAACUUAAAAGCUCUAUUAAAUAAUGUUCGCCUUCACAGUACUUUUCAAAUGAUCCGAACGUCGCUCGGGAUCUGAGAAAAAUGUCAGAAUCCCAGAUCUUGAAAGUACCAAAUACACUGAACAUUCGCUAACUGAAAGGUUGAUUAUUUUAAAAAUUCCAACUAGCGUAAACCAAUUUAGACUACUGUAGGAAAUUGGUCAGCCGGCAACUUAUUUUUAACAGUAGUCAAAAUUUGUCGACGAUAAGGUGGAAUUUUUACAAAAAUCAAAAAAGCUUCCGUUUAGUUAGCGAACGUUUAGUGUAAUGAUUGUAGCUGAAUAAGCAGUUUCAGGCAAAAUAACUGUAUUUUUGCUUGAAUAAGCUUAGUCAGCAUUCAAUGUUGGUUUGGCAGGUCUCGUAUUUUCAGACCAGGAUUCUGAAAAUUUUACUAGUCCAAGUCCCGAGAUCUAGAUUUUUUCCAAGCCCCAAGUCUUGUAGCUUUCUAUCUAGGUUCUUCUGGGACUUCUGAAAAGAUUGCUACAGGUUGGACUCGAUUAUCCGCAGACUUUUUUUCGCUUCCAUCGCUGAGCUCUUGCAAACGAUCACACAAAGGAACACCACCAUCGGACAGAGAAGACAAUCCUCAAUCCAUUGGUAAUGAUGAUUUGAGUGAUUUAGUUGUUGUUUGCCAAGAAAUCGACGAUGGCAGUGAAAGGGGUCAACUUCUCCCCUUCCAUAGAGCUUUUAUUUAUAUUUUUGGUUUAUAUUUCAAAAUCGCAAAUUAACUGACUUAUGUGUCACUUGGGUAGGUACUUGUUAAAAAAAUUAAAACACUGAUUGGAAAAUAUUGGUAAAAUUACUGCGUAGCUACUCAGAUUUAUUGUCCUACAAGUUAGAGGAGCAGAGCAACGGACAAUCUUCUCAAAUAAGCUAUGCUCCUCUAUAUAUAACAACAGUAAAUCUGAGUUGCACGCAGUAAUUAAGCGUAGUUCAAGGGUUUAGGUGCAAUUUCGUACAUGUCGAAAAAAUAAUGUUAGGGAAACUUUCACGAACAUUUUUAGAAGCUUCAAAAAGACUAAACAAAAUUUCAAUACAAAGAAAAUUGUGUUUGCAUGAAAAUUAUGAAAACGAGGAUAUGGGUGAAAAAAGUCCUGGAAAUGAAAAAAGGAAAUGUAUGAAAUCUCCACGUAAUGUUAGUCGUAUUUUCAUGAUAUAGCUAACCAAUUUACAACAUAAGCGUAAGAAAGAUGGAAAGGAAUCUUUCAAGAUCCUCGUGUUCUAAAAUUUUGUAAAAGUUCAUGAAACUUUACGUGAGGAUUCACGGUGAAAACAUUUAAGCUGAUAAGAGAAUAUCCGAGUUUAACUCAAUGAAGUUUGAUUUUGUACCUCGUAGUGUUUCUAUUUUAUACGUAACUGAGUAAUAGCGACAGUAAAACUUUCGGAUGUGAAAGUGAACUUUCUCAUUCUCCGUUUUUUUUUCGAAAAUAAACCGUACCCCAAUGUUCAGUAUUGUGUGUGCUCUGAUAAUUUGAAUAAUACAGAAAGCAAUGUAACGUAAUCCUAAAAUAUGACAUACCUACUUUUAAUUUCCACGAAAUGAGUAUGUAGUGAGUAUUAGUAGUGAUAACAACAUUUGUCUUUUAAAACCCGUAUAAUCCAACCCGCUCGGAAUUUGUCGAUUUUUGUUAACACGUUCUCAACCAAAUAUUGGCUUUUUACCGCGAAUUUCCACUAAGCCUAACUAACUCUCUGACAUAAAAAUUACGUUCCAUGCAAAAGCUGAGUUUGCAAACGCUUAAAUAAUUACCUUGAUACCUCCCCCUCCCUGUUGAUUGGUGAAGAUUGCCUGUGUCGCGAUGGGCUGGCGUGUCCCUAAAGGUGCAGAAUGUUUGGAGAUUUAUUCCACAAGCCUGUAGAAGAACGCUGCCUCAAAUUUAAACCUUCAUUUGUCCUUUGUUUUCCCUUAAUUGGCAUCGUGUCCUUAUUUUCACCAAAAUGUACGUGAUAGAUGAGACGUGAAACAGUAAUAACUUGUAAGUAGAUGGCGGGGAAAUGUUUUAAAAAAUAUUCGAAAAAAGAAUACAAAACGAGGAAUAUAUAAUAAUACCUUGCUACAACAUAAAUUGGAGUUCUUAACUAGGUAUUAGAUUUAUAUAUCAACACAGCAUGAGACAAAAAAGAGAAAAGAGUGGGAAAAUUACAUGUCGGAUAUCAUACACAAAUAAAAACCUAUAAACAAACACUAAUAAGACGGUUACGAUAGGCAACAAAAAAAACUGCAAGUGUGUAGUAGGUGAAGAUGAACAAGAUACCAUAUUAUUACUUAGAUGUACUCUUAUUGGUAAUCACACUAACUACGUUUAACUAUUGUGUAUGAGAUCUAGCAACAGAGUUAAAAAAAGAAGAUCAACAGAUAAAAAAUCUUCGUGAAAAAAAUAGAGCAAACAGAGAAUCCUGUAGAAAUUUCAAUUAUAGAAUCUUUUAAGCAGUUGAUGAUAUGAGGAAAAAAGGCAAAAAAUAUAACUCUCACAUACAGAGCAGUCAACGGAUAAUAACAUUAAUAUACUAAUAAAAGGAAAUCGCAAAAUAAACAAACAAUUAAAAAAAAAAUAACUACAAUAAAAAGCAAAACAUCAAUUUCAUUAAAGUAUGGAAAUACUUGAAACCAGAGAAGAGAAAUAUAUGAAGUUUAAUUAUCCUAAAAAUUAAAA